UUACAUUUCCUUCUUCCGCCACGUUCCUCUCACUCACCUCCUUAUAUCACCAUUACUCUUUGCUCCAUCUCUCACAAUCUUUUUCAUAUUUCUUUCCCAUUUCGUGAUCAUCAACAGUUACAAUCGUCCAUCAUGUCUGAUCGUCCAAGGUCCAUGAGCACCCAGGAGUUCUACGACAGAGCACCAACCUUAUACCUGAUGGUGAAGUUUUUGACGGCAGCCACAAUAGGUGCAUCACUGUUAUUCUUAGCAGGUUUAACCAUAACCGGGACAGUGAUAACUCUGAUUUUGGCUACUCCAGUACUAGUCCUGUUCAGUCCAAUUCUGGUCCCUGCUGGGAUAGUGACUUUCUUGGCUGCUGCUAGGUUCUUGUUCUCCGACGGGUGUGGCGUGACUGCGAUAACGUUGUUAUCGUGGGUAUACGGUUACGUGAUGGGAAAGCACCCGCCGGGAGCUGACCAGCUAGAUUAUGCUAGGAUGAAGAUAGCUGACAAGGAUAGGGAUAUGAAGGAAAGGGCCAAGGAGUAUGGACGGUGUUAUCUGAUAAAAGAGAAAUUAUGCAAGGUCAAUGAAUUUUUUUAUGUGCUUAGCUCAGACUUCAUUUGGGCAGUGCCCUAG